UUCCGUUAUUUGUUUACAAAUUUUGUAUUAAAAUUGCAAACUUGUCUUGAAAUUGUUUCAGAUUGUUUAAGAAUAGUAUUUUACAAUUAUAUUACUAAAAAUGGGAGUUGAUAUAAAAGAACAAUGGUUUUUGAAUAUCGUGGAGCAAUUAGAUGCUUUCUGUAACCAAGUUGAUGAGAAAAUAGCUAAAGAACAACAACAAUUGAAAGAAUGUAGAAAAAAGACUGAAUUGGAGACAAAACUAGCACAUGAAAUGAAGCUUAACUUGGAGCUGAGUGAGAGGCUGUCGGAGCUGUCCCGGCGCGGCGGGGAGCUGGACCGCGUAUGUUCAGCGCUGAGCACACUCUCCAUCACAGACAGCGACAAGCAACGCUUGGACAAUGCCAAAGAGACAUAUCAGCUGGCUAAGGAGCUAACAGGCAUACGGCUGGACUUUAGCGCGCCGCCUAACGUGGCGAAAGGAUUUAUCAAAAAUGAAGCUCGCAAGUUACUACAGCCUUUUGAAAUCGAUAUGACCGCUGGAGGCAACAGUGAAGCCCUAUGGAAUCUACUGCAAGCCACCACAGGCCCCGGCUGGCCGCAGCUUACAGACAAAGAGAACCGUCCUAUCAACUGAUUAGGGUGCUGGAUCUAAUGACUAACUUGAAAUAAAAAUAACAAUCCAGGAUAAUACACACUGCGCCAUCUAGGCCCGAACUAAGGAAAGUUAUUGGGUACUAAAAUACUA